AAUGAUACAAUUACAGAUCCUGGAGAGGAGAACAUUGCAUUCAGUGUGAGAUCCAGAGCCUGAGAGGUGGUAGUAUCCAAGGGCACAAACAUGGGGAAGAAGGUCGUGAUUUUCGGCUCCACCGGGAUGACGGGACUCGCUACCCUUCCACAGGCCGUCAGUGCCGGUUAUGAGGUCACUGUUCUGGUCCGUGAUCCAGCCAGACUUCCAGCUGAAUGCAAAGGAUUACACGUCAUAGUCGGUGAUGUUCUGAACAAGGAAGAUGUCCAGAAGGCAGUCAAAGGUCAGGACGGAGUCAUCAUUAUUCUGGGAACCAGGAAUGACCUGAGCCCCACCACAAUGAUGUCUGAAGGAACCAAGAACAUUGUUGAAGCGAUGAAGGCCCACAAUGUGAGAAAGGUGGUAGCCUGCAUGUCAACAUUCCUUUUAUGGGACAAAGCCAAGAUCCCACCACGAUUGCUGGAUCUCACAGAGGAUCACCAGAGGAUGUAUGAAGUACUGAAGAAUUCUGGGCUGGACUAUGUGGCUGUGUUUCCACCUCACAUUGACAAUGAUCACCCCUUAACUGAGGCUUACACUGUGUCAGUGAAUGCAAGGGGAGGCCGGGUCAUCUCCAAACAUGACUUGGGACAUUUCUUCCUCAAGUGCCUGACGACUUCAGAAUACGAUGGGAAUUUUGUCUGUGUGUCCGGAAAUUACACACAUUCGUGAUAUAGCUUGCAAUUGGUGGAGAGUGUGUGGUGCUUUUAACAUGAAUAUCUCUUUUUCUUAAAAAAAUAUUAUCAGAAGUCAGAAUAAUAAAUGACAUAAAUCUACAA